UAGUAUUCGACCUUCGUGCUCGUUGUAUUGUAAUAAAUGAUUCAGUUCGCCGGCCGGCUGCCGUGGGGAAGGACGCUCGGCCGUAUACAAGUGGUUGAUAGAGUCGGGUUUAGAGUAACACGGAUAGCAAAUUAAUAACCCCACAAUGCAGACUGACUCUCUCCUAGAGUUCCUUCUAGUGGAGUACCGCUGGGUGGUGGUGGUGACGUGUCUGCUGCCGCUGUCGUUGCUGUGGAAGGUCUGGUCUACCGUCAGGAACUAUGUGGUGUUCAAGCUGAACAGCGCGCCAAAGAACCAUGAUAAGAAGGUGAAGGAGAUUCAGAAGCAGAUCCGUAAAUGGCGCAUGUCGGGGUGCCAGACCAAGCUGUGCACGGCGCGGCCCGGCUGGCAGACCAUGUCCUUCCGACAGAGCCUCUACAAGAAGAGCUACACAAACAUUGAUAUCAACUUGGUCGAUGUGCUGGAAGUGGAUACUGAGAAUAUGACGGUCCGCUGCGAGCCCAUGGCCACCAUGGGCCAGGUCUCCCUGACGCUGCAGCCGCUCGGGCUCGCCCUGGCCAUAGUGCCCGAGCUGGAGCAGCUGACGGUGGGCGGGCUGGUGAUGGGCACCGGCGUGGAGACCAGCUCGCACCGCCGCGGCCUGUUCCAGCACGUCUGCACGCAGUACGAGCUGCUGCUGCCUGAUAAUAGCGUGGUCACUUGCAGCGAGACAGAGAACCCAGACUUGUUCUACGCAGUGCCGUGGUCCUACGGAACCCUCGGCUUCCUGCUCUCCGCCACCAUCAAAGUGAUUCCAGCUAAGAAAUACGUCCGCCUAGAAUACCACCCUUACACGAGCCUCCCCGAGCUAUCCACGCGGUUCACUCACGAAGCUUCUCGUCCAGACUCGCACAUGUUCGUGGAGGCGCUGCUGUAUAGCCGACACGAGGGCGUGCUCAUGACUGGCGAUAUGGUGGAUGAAGUCGGGGGGGAUGGGAAGUACAACCCCAUAGGCAAGUGGUACUCAGAGUGGUUCUUCACUCAAGUGGAGAAGCACCUGAAGCGGUUCCAGAAGGGAGACAAGAAGACCGCCGUGGAGUACAUACCGCUGCGGGACUACUACCACCGACACACGAGGAGCUUGUUCUGGGAACUGCAGGACAUAAUACCGUUCGGCAACCACCCGCUCUUCCGCCUCACCUUCGGCUGGCUGAUGCCCCCUGAAGUGUCUCUCCUGAAGCUGACACAACCGGCGGCCGUGGCGCGCCUGUACGAGCGCAGCCACGUCAUACAGGACAUGCUGGUGCCCGUCGAACACUUGGAGGACGCUGUCCAGAAGUUCCACGAGGAGUUUGAGGUGUACCCGGUGUGGCUGUGUCCCUUCAAGCUGCCGAACCAGCCGGGGCAGCUGCAGCUCAAGUCGGGCAAGGAGUCGGAGAUGUUCGUGGACAUCGGUGUCUACGGGGUGCCUAAGGCUAAGGGCUAUGAGACGGUCUCCUCAACUCGUCGUGUAGAAGAGUUCGUGAUCUCCCGAGGGGGGUUCCAAAUGCUCUACGCAGACACCUACACCACCCGCGAGGAGUUCAGACAGAUGUUCUCUCACUCACUCUACGACAGAGUGAGGGAGACGCUGCCAGGCUGUCUGGACGCUUUCCCGGAGAUCUAUGAUAAGGUUAACAGGAAUGUCAGGAAGUAGGGGUGUAGAUGAAAUAGCGGCGCCAAUGAUGCACUUGUUUACUACUGAU